GCAAGGUCUGAAGUUUUGGAGGACUUACAUAAUUUUGGCAGCUUUUCAGUCCUUGUUUACAUUUUACUGAUACAAUAUUGCAUAAACAUGGGUGCAUUUUUGGAUAAACCAAAAACUGAAAAACAUAAUGCUCAUGGCGCAGGGAAUGGCUUGCGUUAUGGCCUCAGCAGUAUGCAGGGAUGGAGAGUGGAAAUGGAAGAUGCUCAUACAGCUGUUGUAGGUAUUCCCCAUGGCUUAGAGGACUGGUCGUUUUUUGCUGUCUAUGAUGGUCAUGCAGGAUCUCGUGUUGCGAAUUAUUGCUCCACGCACUUAUUAGAACACAUCACUAACAAUGAAGACUUUAGGGCGACAGAAAAACCUGGAUCUGCUCUUGAACCUUCAGUGGAAAAUGUCAAGAGUGGAAUCAGAACUGGCUUUUUGAAAAUUGAUGAGUAUAUGCGCAAUUUCUCAGACCUCAGAAAUGGCAUGGACAGAAGUGGCUCAACCGCAGUGGGAGUUAUGAUUUCACCUGAGCAUGUAUACUUUAUAAAUUGUGGUGAUUCACGUGCUGUUCUCUAUAGGAAUGGACAAGUCUGUUUUUCAACACAGGAUCACAAACCUUGCAACCCAAGGGAGAAAGAGCGAAUCCAGAAUGCAGGAGGCAGUGUAAUGAUUCAGCGUGUUAAUGGCUCAUUGGCAGUUUCUCGAGCUCUGGGGGACUAUGACUACAAAUGCGUUGAUGGUAAAGGCCCUACAGAACAACUUGUUUCUCCAGAGCCUGAGGUUUGUGAAAUUUUAAGGGCAGAAGAAGAUGAGUUUAUCAUCUUGGCUUGUGAUGGAAUCUGGGAUGUAAUGAGCAAUGAAGAGCUCUGUGAAUUUGUUAAGUCUAGACUUGAAGUAUCAGAUGACCUGGAAAAAGUGUGCAAUUGGGUAGUGGACACUUGUUUACAUAAGGGGAGUCGUGAUAACAUGAGUAUUGUGCUAGUUUGUUUUUCAAAUGCUCCUAAGGUCUCUGAGGAGGCAGUGAAAAAAGAUGCUGAGUUGGAUAAGUACUUGGAAUCACGGGUUGAAGAAAUCAUGGAAAAAUCGGGUGAAGAAGGAAUGCCUGAUCUGGCUCAUGUUAUUCGUAUUUUAACUGCAGAGAAUAUCGCUAAUUUACCACCCGGAGGUGGUUUAGCUGGCAAGCGUAAUAUUAUUGAAGCUGUGUAUAGUAGGCUGAACCCACACAGAGAGAAUGAGGGGGGCCCUGGCGAAGCCGAGGAAAGUGGAACGCAGGGAAAGUUGGUGGAAGCGCUGAGGCAAAUGAGAAUUAAUCAUAGGGGAAACUACCGCCACCUGCUGGAGGAGAUGCUGGUUAGUUACAGGCUAGCUAAGAUGCAGGGAGAAGAGAGCACUGCUGAAUCAGCUGCUGAAUCGGCUUCAGAUACUCAUGCUGGACCCAGUCACCUCGUACCAGACCCCCAAGCAGACUCUGAGAAUCACCUUGCUGGAGUACAGAGCUCAAACGAAGAUUCAGGGACGAAUGAGUGA